AGGUGGACAACGUGAGGGGCGCUGUAGACGGGUUGGAGUCGGCACUGGGCACCAUGCGGGCAGAGCAGGAGGUGGGGAGCCGGGCGGUGAGGAAGGGCGAGGCGGAGACACGGCGGMUYGAGGAGGCUCUUCAGAGGCUCCAGAARGAACUGCUGGUUGACCUGUCAGAAGGUAUCAAGGAGGUGAAGGAGGCCAGAGAGCGGGACUUCUCUUCCCUGGAGAAGACGGUGGAGGAGCGCCUGGCUGAGUUGAGUUCCUCCAUCGCGGCCAGUGUGACUGAGUUCACCGAGGCCCAGGGUGAGACUCAAAGUCAGCUGGCUGACCUCAAAGRCCGUCUGGARGACAUGGAYGACCCGGKGCUGAUCAGGCAYGAACUGUCRGCCAUUGUCGACACCGUCGCCGMGCUCAGCYCCACUAAGKKGGCCACCGAUGAYUCUGCRUAUUCGCUGAGGGAGCAGAUCGCCGCGGUGGGGMCGGAGCUCCAGACCCGUAACCAGGAAAUAGCCUCGAUGUCGCAGGAAGUGGAGGCGGUGAGGUUGCUGGUGCAGGAGACGGCGGGGAGCCUGCGGCAGCAGGUGUCGGGGGCAGAGGCAGGCAUCCAGGCGUUGACAGAUCAGGACCAGAGCCUGCAAAGCAGCCUGGAGCUGGCCACCGAAGCUCUACACAGUCUGGAGAAGGAACUGCGGGGGGAAUCGGCCAGGGCUGAGCAGAGGUCCGACGGUCUGGAGGUCAGACUAAAAGUGGCGGAGGAGGGCGGAGACUCCCUGGCGGCGUCGCUAACAGACCUGACUUCCAAGUUUGAGGCUCUUCUUGCCAAGUACGAUUCCCAUGAGAGCACGCUCGCCGCCCAGGGCACAGCAGCUGAGAAGGCCCGGGCCACUCUACAGGGAGAGCUAGAGGAGCUGAAGGGCAGCCUAGGGGAGCUCCAGUCCAACGUGGUCGCACUGAGUGGCGCUCAGACCAAUCUGGCUUCCAGGGACUCUAGCCUGGGGCAGCAGAUAGAGGGGCUGGAACAGAAGCUGGAAGCCCUGGGGGAAGUCUCCAAGUCAACCAGCCACCCCCCACCAGAGCUGGAGAAGCUGAAGAGCACCGUGGAUGGCCUGGUGGGGAAAGCUGCCAAGCUGGAGAGCCAUGAGAAGGCCAUCGAAGCCUUACAGGGGUCACUACAGAAGACCAUUAGCUCAUUGGAGGCCUUGACCAAAUCCCCAGCCGAAGAGCAAGAAGGUGUAAGGGGAGCGUAGGACGAAGAGGAGGAGGAGGGGGGGUAGUGUUCAGGAGGUGUAGACUGGGUUGGGUCAAUGAGAAAUGGGAAACGUGGACUGCUGUGAAUUUUAAUACAACACUGCACUGUAGUUUUUUGUUUGUUUAUUUACAUUUUUUCUCAUUUGAGUUUUUCAUUUAGUCAGAUUAUGUUACGCGUGGUUUCACAAACCCAACUUGCAAUAUAAGCUCUUGUUCAGGAGCGUGUUAUGUUUAACUGAUUUGUGUUUUGUUACAAAAAUUAAAUUGGGCCACCACAUGUUUGUGUA